CAGUGCCCUGAAAACCUGUGGCGGGGUCCCCCCGCCGCCGAAUUACCACCGAGGACCCGCUGCUGAAAUGCUGGGUCUCACUUCAGAGGUGGGGGGUCCUUCCGCCCCGGAGCGGAAGGACCCCCUGCUGCUGAAGACCCGGAGCGGAAGACGCUCCAGGGGCCCAGGCCCCGUGAGAGUUUUCCAGGGCCCCUGGAGUGAGUGAAGGACCCCGCUCCAGGGGCCCUGAAAAACUCUCGUGGGGACCCCUGCGGGGCCUGGGGCAAAUUGCCCCACUUGCCUCCCCCCCCCCCCCCGGGCAGCCCUGUCAUGGAAUGCAACCCACUUUGUCAUUGGCAGCGGCUCCCCUCCCAUUGUUGGCCUUUCACUUUCACUUUCCUGACAGUCACAGGGCUGGGUCUGUUGGGGCGGGGCUGAGCUAGGAUGCCAGAAUAGAGCUGCCUUUCCCUUCUCAUGGUCAAACUCCUGGCUGCGUUCUGCCGGGAGAUGCUGGAGAUGGGGUUGGAGCCCCUGAACCUGCCAACCUGUGGCAGGGAGCAUCCACCAUCUCAUGGGGUGCGUUCCAGCAUCCUGAGUGCCUGCUGCCCUGGUAUGGCCAAUGGGCUGGCUCCUUCUGGCUGCAGCCCUGAGUAACAUCUGUGAUCCCCUUGGGUGCCCUGCACCAUAGCUCUAGCCCAGCUUGGGUGCCAGCCUCCUGCCAGGCCCUGCCAAUCUCCCCCAUCCCUCUGGACAGGCUCUGCUGCCCACAGCCCUGUGUUAGCUGCCAGCUCUGGGACCCAGAGAGAGGAGCUGCCAACCCACAGCUGGGGGCUGGGCAGGGCUGGAGCUGGACAGCUCUAAGGGCCCAGGGCAGCCUGGCUGGCUGCGUGGAGCAUCCCACUGCCCUUUGCAGCCAGGAAUGGAGCUGACGUGGAGCCACUAGCCCCAGUGGAGGACUAGAAGCAGGGCCCAGGAAUCCUGGCCCCCAGUCUGCUUCUUUUCUUAUGCAGGGCUGGGCACAGCCGCACCUACCUCACCCACGGCUGCACUGGGCAGAAGCAGCAUGAGGCGCUCCGAGAGCCCGGGCGAGAUCGACGAGGGCCUGUACUCACGGCAGCUCUAUGUGCUGGGCCAUGAAGCCAUGCGGAGACUGGCAAAAACUGCUGUGCUGGUGUCGGGGAUGAAGGGCCUGGGUGUGGAGAUUGCCAAGAAUAUCAUCCUGGCUGGGGUCAAAUCUGUCACUGUGCACGACCCAGGCAACACCCAAUGGAGUGACCUCUCCUCGCAGUUCUUUCUGUCUGAGAGCGACGUGGGCCAGAACCGAGCCAUGGCCUCCCAGCAGCGCCUGGCAGAGCUCAACAGCUAUGUGCCUGUGACAGCCUACACCAUGGAGCUGUCCGAGAGCUUCCUGGCAGCCUUCCAGGUUGUGGUUCUGAGCAACUCGCCACUGGAGGAACAGCUCCGCAUCAGCGACAUCUGCCAUGGCCGCAGCAUCCGCUUCAUCCUGGCUGACACCAAGGGGCUGGCCGGGCAGCUGUUCUGUGACUUUGGGGAGAACUUUGUGGUCGACGAACCCUCGGAGGCUGAGCCUGUCUGCGCCUACGUCCAGCACAUCUCGCAGGGCAUGCCUGGGGUGGUGACCUGCAGGGACGGGCAGGGCCAUGGCCAUGGCUUUGCAGAUGGUGACUUUGUGACAUUCUCGGACGUGGAGGGCAUGAGCCAGCUGAAUGGCUGCAAGCCCCGUGCCAUCCGUGUUCUGGAUGAGUUCACACUGGAGAUUGGUGACACCGGCUCCUUUGCCCCAUACCAGCAUGGUGGAGUCAUCACGCAGGUGAAGGUGCCACAGCUGCACUCCUAUGAGCCCCUGAGAGCCUCCCUGGCCAAGCCAAAGAUCAAAGCCAUGGACGACCGAGGCCACAGCUUGCACCUGGCCUUCCGGGCACUGCACACCUUCACUGCCGAGAUGGGACGGCUGCCCCGUCCCAGAGUCCAGGCGGAUGCUGAGAGGCUGCUGGAGCUGGCACGAGGCCUGACCACGCACCAGGAGCUACUGGAUGAGAGGCUGGUACGAACGUUUGCCCAUGUGAGCGCAGGGGAGCUGAGCCCCAUGGCUGCCCUCCUUGGAGGCCUGGCCGCCCAGGAGGUGCUGAAGGCUGCCUCGGGGAAGUUCUUGCCACUGGCGCAAUGGCUUUACUUUGAUGCGCUGGAGUGCCUGCCCGAGCAGGGCACCACGCUGCUGACGGAGGAGUCUUGUGCCCUGCGUGACAGCCGUUACGAUGGGCAGAUCGCUGUGUUCGGGGCUGACUUCCAGGAGAGGCUGGGCCGGCAGAAGUACUUGGUGGUGGGAGCCGGAGCUAUUGGCUGUGAGCUGCUGAAGAACUUUGCAAUGAUUGGGCUGGCGGCUGGCGAGGGCGGGAGCGUCACCGUGACGGACAUGGACACCAUCGAGCGCUCCAACCUCAGCCGGCAGCUGCUUUUCCGCCUGCGGGAUGUGGGUAAGCUGAAGUCAGAGACGGCAGCAGCGGCUGUACGGCGCAUGAACCCCAUGAUCAGGGUGACUGCCCAGCCACACCAUGUGGGGCCCGACACGGAGACACUCUACGGAGACGACUUCUUCAUGGCCCUGGAUGGCGUGACCAACGCACUGGACAGCAUGCAGUCCCGGGCCUAUGUGGACAGCCUCUGCAUCCGCUACCUCAAGCCCCUACUGGACUCAGGCACCGAGGGCACCAAGGGCCAUGUACAGGUCAUUGUGCCCCACCUGACACAGCCGUUUGGAAGCCCCCUGGACCUCACAGAGUCUGCCGUGCCCCUGUGCACCCUGCGCCACUUCCCCAGCACCAUCGAACACACCCUGCAGUGGGCCCGGGAUGAGUUUGACGGGCUCUUCAAGGUGCCUGCGGAGAAUGUCAACAAAUUCCUGGAGGACCCGGCCUUCCUGGAGGUACAACGGACGACUCAAGAUCUGGAGUGGGUGCGAAGCAGCCUGCAGGAGAAGCCGCGUAGCUGGCCGGACUGUGUGCGCUGGGCCAGGCAGCGCUGGGAGAGCCUCUAUCGCCACACAAUCCUGAACCUAUUGCACGCUUUCCCGCCUGAUCAUGAGACCAGCCCUGGGGUCCCCUUCUGGGCAGGACCCAAGAGAUGCCCCCGGCCCCUGGAGUUCGACUGCAACAAUAGCACCCACAUGGAGUAUAUCAUGGCUGCUGCCAGCCUCUUUGCCCAGACACACAGGCUGCAGGUGCCCCGAGACCGGGCAGCUGCCAGGGAGACACUACGGGCCAUGGCCGUGCCUCCCUUCCAGCUGGAGGUAGGGGUGCGGAUCCCUGUCACGGAGGAGGAAAUGGAGGAGGUGCCCGUCGGGGUCGAUGAGGAGCAGCUGGCAGCGCUGAAGCAGGAGCUGGCAGAGUGCAGACAGGCACUGCUGGAGGUGGGGUAUGGCAGCACCCACCUCAUGGAGCCUAUUCAUUUUGAGAAGGACGAUGACAGCAAUGGCCACGUGGAUUUCAUCAUGGCCGCGUCGAACCUGCGGGCUGCGAACUAUGGCAUUGCCCCUGCUGACUGGCACAAGAGCAAGCGGGUGGCAGGCAGGAUCGUGCCUGCCAUUGCCACCACGACGGCGGCAGUGGCCGGAUUGGCAUGCCUAGAGCUCUACAAGCUGGUGUGGGGUCACCAGAACCUCGGCUCCUACUGCAACAGUUUCCUGCAGCUUGCAGAGCCACUGCUCGCCCGCUUCCAUCCCCUGUCGCCUCUAGCCACUUACAAGUAUGGCCAGGAGACAUGGAGCUGCUGGCAUCGGAUCGAGGUGCCCGGGAUCGGCGCCCAUGGGGAGGAGCUGACCCUGCAGGAGCUCCUGGACCAGCUGCAGGGGGUGCACGGCCUGCCAGUGCGCACACUGCUGUGUGGGGUGACCAUUCUCUAUGCCAGCUUCUGGGCCAAGCAGAAACGUGAGGCACAGCUCACCCGCAGACUGACGCAGCUGGUGGGCGGGCCUCCUGGAGCAGCCUGGCCGCCCCCCCCGCAUCCUGGUGCUGGACCUGGUCUGCGAGGACCAACAGGACGACGACAUCUUACCGCCCGUGCAUGUUUGGCUGCCCUGUGGCUGAGUGAAGCCUGCUGCCGGGUGCCUCCCUGGGCACAGACAGGCAGUGGGGGUUCGGCUGCACGCUAUAGGGCCGCGAGAUACUCAGCGGGACGCUGGCCCCCUUCUCACCAGCCUUGCAGUGGAAAGCCCAGGAUGUAGAUGGGCGCCCUAGGAGUGAGGCCUGCCCCCGCCCCCUCCUACAGCUAAUAAACUCCUGCCCCUGUCAGUUGGA